GCACUUGUCCCACCCUCAGAGCACGUAGGAAGUCGGGACUUCUUAAACGCCGGUUCCCUCCAGCUCCGAGCUGGUAGAUGACUCCCGUCCGCCCUGCUGUGCUCUUCACGCCGCCCUGUCGCUGCCGACCAUGGCUCGGCCUGGGGACACCACCCUCCGUCUUUGUCUCCUGCUCCGGUUUCUGCUAACAGAUUCAGCGCCUCGCGGCUGUGAGUUCAGAGAUGCUCUUUCUCCUGCCUUUGAAUUCCCCAUCACACCAAAGCCCAAUCCUGGACAAGCAUGGUGUGAGAUUCGAGGCAAGGUCAAUGGAAACACGUUUCUGUAUUACGCCUGUGGGAACAAGAAGGUCGAAGUCUUUGGUCCUCUGGGGAGGAAUGUGAAUGACAUAGUGUUUUGGGAGAGACAGACCGAAACUCUGAAAGACCUGGCAGAAGAGCUCAAGAAGAAACUACUUGACUGGAAAGCAGCGGAUUUUACACCCAGUGAUUCUCUCUCCCUGCAGGGCAGGAUGGUGUGUGUGCGUGGGGACAACGGACGCACCAGCGGAUCCUGGGAGUUUCACAUCAAUGAACAGAUAUCCUACUUCUUUAACUCAGAGAGUGGAAAUUGGACACUUCGUCCUAGAGGCCGACAGAUAAAGGCCUCAUGGGAGAGUGACAGAGAUUUGACCAAUUCCCUCAUGAAGAUCUCAGUUGGAGAUUGUAACAAGUGGCUUGAGCGAAUAUUGAUGCACUGGGAUGAACUGUGGGAGACAACAGCCCCGCCAGGCUCGCAGCAAGUCACGGCCCAGUCCGGGGCCAUGGCCCUCAGACCCAUCACCUGGAUCCUCCCUGUGAUUCUCAGCCGCUUAAUCAUAAUUGGCAUCCAGGUAGAGUCUUUUAGAGUGACAGGCUGCUGAUUAUACCAGGAAGCCCCCGAGAGCGUCAUCCCGCUUAGCGACUCUGUUUUGCUAGACUACCUUUGGAUCACUUGCUGUUCGUUUUUAGACCAGACUUUAAGAAUCCAGCGACGUCACCAACUUCCAGCUAUUACAAAGCCAUAAUUAUCCAGACAGUAUGGUACUGGCACAAAAACAGACACUCAGAUCAAUGAAGCAGAAUAGAAAACCCAGAAAUGGACCCACAAACAUAUGGCCAACUAAUGAGCAGGAGAGAAUAUCCAAUGGAAUAAAGACAGUCUCUUCCCAGUGGUGCUAGUAACACUGGGCUGCAAUGUGUAGAAAAACGAACCUGGACCACUUUCUCACACCAGACACAAAAAUAAACUCAAAGUGGAUGAAAGACCUCAAUGUAAGACAGGAAGCCGUCAAAAUCCUCGAGGAGAAAGCAGGCCAAAACCUCUUUGAUCUUGGCCGCAGCAACUUCUUACUCAACACGUCUCCAGAGGCAUGGGAUACAAAAGUAAAACUGAACUUUUGGGGCCUCAUCAAAUAAAAAGCUUCUGCACAGCGAAGGAAACAAUCAGCAAAACUAAAUGG